GAGAGAGAGAGUUGUGGAGGCUAGUAGAGGCUCCAUCCCCAACAUUCCCAAGUAAGAAACAUGAAAUACCAUUCAGAUUAAAUAAUGAAUGUCAAUUGUUUUUGUGAAUGAAGCAAUAAUCCUAUUGUCUCUCCCCCCCCUCCUCAAAUUUUUUGAAUUCUGAUCUCUCUUCAGCCCCCAAAAAAAAAAAAAAAACCUAAUCCUCGAUCACACCAUUCUCUUCCAUGAUGCACUGGACUUGAGUGAAACAUAAUUAGAUUUUGGGAGUCCAUACACAAAUAAAAAAAAAGUGAGGGUUGGGCAGAGGCAAUAAUCAAUAAUCAUAAACCCCCCUGCAUGGUUUUAUAAUUUUUUCUCCGAAUAUUUUAUUUGCUCUGCCCAUUUGCCUUUUUCUUCUCUUUGGUCCUCCCCAGUCCCACAUCUUCAGUUCAAAGUCAUCUGGGGUUUUUCCUGCGCCUUCCAAAGCCUCUCCCCUCCAUCGGAUCUCCCUUCCUUCUCUCUUUUUCUCUCUCUUUUCAUCCAUCGAUGAUAUGAUUUGACACCCCUUUCCUCCGAUCUCCGCCGCAGUUCUUCUCCAUCGCCGCCCAGUUCAAAGCUUCAAUUCUCACCCGGAAAUGGCUUCCCCCGGGAACCCAAAUCAAGCUGGGCCGCCAUUUGACAUGAACAAGUUCUUCAAACCCUCAAACCCCUCCCCCCAAAACCCUCCCAAUCCGAAUCUCGCCUCCGCCCCCUACCCUCCACCGCCGUCCUCUUACCCUCCUCCCACCGGGCCCUACUCUUACCCUCCCCAAACAUCCCCCUUCCUCCACCACCCCCACCACCUCCCUCCCUACACCGCCGCUAACCACCUCCAGCUCCCUAACCUCCACCACCAGCGCUCCGUCUCGUAUCCCACCCCCCCUCUCCAGGCAAAUUCCAGUCCCAACAACAUCCCCUCCCCAACCCCCAACCCUAACCCUAAUCCUGGAGCCCGACUUAUGGCACUCCUCAGCGCCCCCCCUCCUUCCUCCAAUCUCGAAUUGCCCGCCACCGCGCCCCCACUCCCUGGCGGUUCUGAAUUUUCGGCUCCGGUGCUGCCUCCGCCAAUCGUGAAUCCGGCAAUUGCCCAGCCUACUCCGCCGUUGCGGAUGCCCAGCAGUAAGCUGCCCAAAGGGCGGCAUUUGACAGGUGAUCGAGUUGUGUAUGAUAUUGACGUUAGGUUGCAGGGGGAGGUGCAGCCGCAGCUAGAGGUCACUCCGAUUACCAAAUAUGUCUCGGAUCCGCAGCUUGUUGUGGGGCGUCAAAUUGCAGUGAACAAGACUUACAUAUGUUACGGACUCAAAUUAGGGAAUAUCCGGAUUCUUAAUAUAAACACGGCAUUGAGAUCUUUGCUCCGUGGGCAUACCCAGAGGGUCACAGACAUGGCUUUCUUUGCUGAGGAUGUUCACCUUUUGGCUAGUGUGAGUAUAGAUGGACGGGUUUAUGUAUGGAAAAUUUCUGAAGGUCCAGAUGAGGAAGAUAAGCCACAAAUUACUGGAAAGGUUGUUAUUGCAAUUCAAAUGGUAGGAGAGGGAGAAUCAGUACACCCACGCAUUUGUUGGCACUGCCACAAACAGGAAGUGUUGGUAGUUGGAAUCGGAAAACGUGUCUUAAGAAUUGAUACCACAAAAUUCGGAAAAGGUGAAGUCUAUUCUGCAGAAGAACCUCUCAAAUGCUCUGUCGACAAACUAAUUGAUGGCGUCCAGUUUGUUGGUAAACAUGAUGGAGAAGUUACAGAUUUGUCAAUGUGCCAGUGGAUGACUACCCGUUUGGUUUCUGCAUCAAUGGAUGGAACGAUAAAGAUUUGGGAAGAUCGCAAGGCCAUACCUCUUGCAGUACUAAGGCCACAUGAUGGUGAACCUGUUUAUUCAGCUACAUUCUUGACUGCCCCUCACCGUCCAGAUCAUAUUAUACUGAUUACAGCAGGACCUCUUAAUCGGGAGGUGAAGAUAUGGGUCUCAGCAGGUGAAGAAGGAUGGCUGCUACCUAGUGAUUCGGAAUCAUGGCACUGCUCUCAGACGUUGAUCUUGAAAAGUUCUGCUGAGCCUCGUCUUGAGGAAGCAUUUUUUAAUCAAGCUGUAGCAUUACCUCAAGCAGCCCUUCUCUUACUUGCAAAUGCAAAGAAGAAUGCUAUAUAUGCUGUACAUUUAGAAUAUGGCCCUAAUCCACUGGCAACCCGCAUGGAUUACAUAGCUGAAUUUACUGUCACCAUGCCUAUUUUGAGUUUUACUGGAACAAGUGAUUUAUUACCGCAUGGUGAACGUAUUGUUCAGGUUUAUUGUGUCCAAACACAGGCUAUUCAGCAGUAUGCUUUGGACUUAGCGCAGUGCCUGCCUCCACUGCUGGAGAAUGUGGGGUUAGAAAAGUCAGACUCAAAUGUUUCACGUGAAGCUAGUGGUGCUGAAAUAAUUGCUCCUUUGGAACCCUCUGGUAGUAAACUGGCUGAGAUUCCUGUAACUAGUUCGGCAUUAAAACCAACUGUACAAUUAAGUAGUGUUGAGAAUGUGCCUGUGUUGAGGCAUCCUGUAAGAUCUGCUUCCAUUGAGGCAACCACUUUGCAGGAAUAUGGCACUUCAAGCGUGGAAUCUAAGCCUGUAUCUUUGCCAUUGGCAGCUAAUGAUACAGAUAUUUCUUGUGUUGGAUCACCACCUACUCCUUUAAGUCCAAGGUUGUCUGGAAAAUUAUCUGGUCUUAGAAGUCCAACAAAUAGCUUUGAGCCAAGUCCCUCUCUCAGUGAUCGUAGUGGGGACCAACCAGUUAUUGACUAUUCAGUGGACAGGCAAAUGGAUGUCCUUCGUACAAAUUUGACUGACGUGCCUUCUUUGGAUGAAGAUUUGAGGAAUGAUGAAAACAAAGCUGUACAUGGUGAUAUUUCCACAGUGCUUAAUCCUUCUGUCAUGUUCAAACACCCAACUCAUCUGGUAACUCCUUCCGAGAUAUUGAUGGGUGCUUCAUCCUCUGAAAGUACCCAUAUUACUGAGGGCAAGAUUGAAGGAGAGUCGAAUAUUCCUGAUGUGGUUGCUAACAGUGAUGUAGGCAAUGCUGAGGUGGAGGUUAAGGUUGUGGGUGAAGCAGGAUCCAUGCAGAAUGAUGAUUUUGGCUCGCCGGUAGAAUCUCAGACUAUUGUUUCUGAAAGUAAGGAGAAAUCAUUUUGCUCCCAGGCCUCAGAUCUUGGCAUUGAGAUGGCCAGAGAGUGCUGUGCAUUAUCUGAACCUUAUAUUGUGGAAGAAGCUCGGCAAGUUGAUGGUGCUAAUUUAACAGAAUCGUUGGCUCAAUCUUCAAGUGUAGGGGAGGAAGGGGUCAAUGAUUCCAAGGAUUUCUCUGGAAAGAUUUCUGAUUCAACAAGUCAUCAGCCACCACCACCAACUACAAAAGGGAAAAAGCAGAAGGGGAAAAAUUCUCAAGUAUCUGGUCCUACUUCUCCAUCUCCAAGUUCAUUCAAUUCAACAGAUUCAUCCAAUGAACCAGGUGUUAGUUCAAGUAUACCCUCCAUGGAAGCUGCUUUUCCUCAAAUUCUGGCCAUGCAAGAGACGCUUAAUCAGUUAACGACCAUGCAAAAAGAAUUGCAGAAGCAGAUGACAGUGAUGGUCGCCGUCCCAGUGACUAAAGAAGGUAGAAGACUGGAAGCAGCUCUGGGCCGGACCAUGGAGAAAGCUGUCAAGGCCAAUGCUGAUGCCUUGUGGGCUCGUUUUCAGGAAGAGAAUGCAAAACACGAGAAGUUGGUACGAGAACGUACACAACAAACAACAAGUUUGAUAACUAACUUUAUGAACAAGGAUUUGCCAGCAAUGUUGGAGAAAACAGUGAAGAAGGAAAUUGCUGCACUUGGACCAGCUGUUGCCCGCACAAUUACUACGACUGUUGAGAAAACAAUAUCUUCAUCUAUUGUGGAUUCCUUCCAGAGAGGAGUUGGUGAUAAGGCAGUGAAUCAGUUGGAGAAGUCAGUGAAUUCCAAACUUGAAGCUACUGUUGCUAGGCAAAUCCAAGCACAGUUUCAAACUUCUGGCAAGCAAGCUCUUCAGGACACAUUGAAGUCCAGUUUGGAGGCUUCAGUAGUCCCCGCCUUUGAGAUGUCGUGCAAAGCCAUGUUUGAGCAAGUUGAUGCUACAUUUCAGAAAGGAAUGGCUGAACAUACGACUGCUGCACAGCAACAAUUUGAGUCCACACAUUCUCCUCUGGCACUUGCUCUAAGGGAUGCCAUUAACUCUGCAUCAUCAAUGACUCAAACCUUAAGUGGAGAAUUGGCAGAUAGUCAGCGAAAGCUCUUAGCCCUUGCAGCUGCUGGAGCAAACUCGAAGGCAGUAAAUCCUUUGGUUACGCAAUUGAGUAAUGGGUCUUUGGGGAGCCUCCACGAGAAGGUGGAGGCACCUUUAGAUCCAACCAAAGAGCUGUCUAGAUUGGUAUCUGAACGCAAAUAUGAGGAGGCUUUCACUGGAGCCCUACAAAGAAGCGAUGUGUCUAUUGUAUCCUGGUUAUGCUCUCAGGUGGAUCUGCAGGGGAUUUUGGCCAUGGUUCCUCUGCCUUUGAGCCAAGGAGUCCUCCUGUCACUUCUGCAACAGCUGGCCUGCGAUAUAAGCAAGGACACGCCGCGAAAACUGGCAUGGAUGACUGACGUCGCCAUUGCAAUAAACCCAACGGACCCAAUGAUUGCAGUGCACGUCCGGCCCAUCUUUGAGCAAAUCUACCAGAUACUUAACCACCACAGGAGCCUGCCCACCACUUCCAGUGCUGAACUCUCCAGCAUCCGCCUUGUCAUGCACGUUAUCAACUCCAUGCUGAUGACCUGUAAAUGAUCCAAGUCCCCUUAUGCCAUUUUUAACGUUCUUGUUAAAAUCUACCAUACAUAUAUUUCUUUAUGAAGACAGUUGUAGAAAGAAAGGGCUGUAUAAAGUGUAGGAAUUUCUGUGAGAAAGGGGUCCAAAUUCUGUAGAGUCUUGUCCUUGGAUCAGUGUUUGUGACGGUGCUUUGUUCUUUUCAUUGUCAUCAUCAUUGUUGUCAUCAAGAACUAUUGUUGUUUUUACAAGUUUAAUGUGAAAUUUUGUGUUUUACA